GCUGGCGUCAGUCCCAACUCCAAGAUGGCGGCGUGCCGUUGGCGUGAAGUAAGGGUUGACUGCGUCACGUGACAGGCAGGACGGGGGUGUGUGUAUCCCCGUCGUGUGUCCCGGCGGAAGAGUGAAGGGAGUCGGCUGAAAGGUCGCAGCUGGAAGAAAAGGGAAAACAAAGCGGCGCGGCCUAGCGCUGGAGAACCGGAGACACGCCAGUCACCACGGAUACACCUGGAGCCAACGCGGCGGCCGUGGCGCAGCCACCCACGCUGCCUCCGCCGCCGCCUCCACCGAGGAUGUCGCGCAGGAAGAGAAAUGCAGGCAGCAGUUCUGAUGGAACCGAAGACUCCGAUUUCUCAACAGACCCAGAGCAUACAGACAGUUCAGAAAGUGACGGAACACCACGCCAGUCUGCUCGUGUGACCCGCUCUUCCGCCAGGCUCAGCCAGAGCUCCCAAGAUUCCAGCCCAGUUCACAAUCCCCCAUCGUUUGGAGCAGAGGAGCCUGUUUAUUCUACUCGGAGAGUAACCCGCAGCCAGCAACAGCCCACACCUGUGACUCCCAAAAAAUAUCCACUUCGACAGACCCGCUCAUCUGGAUCAGAAACGGAGCAAGUGGUUGACUUUUCAGAUAGAGACACUAAAAAUGCAGCUGACCAUGAUGAGUCCCCACCCCGCACACCAACUGGGAAUGCUCCGUCUUCCGAGUCCGACAUCGAUAUCUCCAGUCCCAACAUGUCUCAUGAUGAGAGUAUCGCCAAGGAUAUGUCCAUGAAGGAUUCUGGAAGUGAUCUGUCCCAUCGUCCCAAACGCCGUCGAUUCCAUGAAAGCUACAACUUCAACAUGAAAUGUCCCACCCCAGGCUGCAAUUCAUUAGGACACCUGACGGGAAAACAUGAGCGACACUUCUCCAUAUCAGGAUGCCCGCUGUAUCAUAACCUUUCAGCUGAUGAAUGCAAGGUGAGAGCGCAGAGCCGUGAUAAACAAGUUGAGGAGAGGAUGCUGUCUCACCGACAAGAUGAUAACAAUAGACAUGCUACCAGACAUCAGGCGCCAACUGAAAGACAGUUAAGGUACAAAGAGAAAGUAGCAGAGAUGAGAAAGAAGAGGAAUGCAGGGCUGACCAAGGAGCAGAAGGAAAAGUACAUGGAACACAGGCAAACCUAUGGUAACACCAGAGAGCCCCUUUUAGAGAAUCUGACCAGCGAAUAUGAUCUAGAGUUAUUUCGACGGGCGCAAGCCAGAGCCUCUGAGGAUUUGGAGAAGCUGCGACUUCAGGGCCAGAUCACAGAAGGCAGCAACAUGAUCAAGACUAUUGCUUUUGGCCGCUAUGAACUGGACACCUGGUACCAUUCUCCUUACCCAGAAGAGUACGCACGGCUGGGGCGCCUCUACAUGUGUGAGUUCUGCCUCAAAUACAUGAAGAGCCAGACGAUACUACGCAGGCACAUGGCAAAAUGUGUCUGGAAACACCCUCCGGGGGAUGAAAUUUACCGUAAAGGCUCUAUUUCGGUGUUUGAAGUUGAUGGAAAAAAGAACAAGAUAUACUGUCAGAACCUCUGCCUGCUGGCAAAACUCUUCUUGGACCACAAGACUCUAUAUUAUGACGUCGAGCCCUUCCUCUUCUACGUCAUGACAGAAGCCGACAACACCGGCUGUCACCUGAUAGGCUAUUUCUCCAAGGAGAAGAACUCGUUCCUCAACUACAACGUCUCUUGCAUCCUGACGAUGCCUCAGUACAUGAGGCAGGGCUAUGGCAAAAUGCUUAUCGACUUCAGCUAUUUACUCUCCAAAGUGGAAGAAAAGGUUGGCUCCCCAGAAAGGCCCCUCUCAGACUUGGGCCUUAUUAGCUACCGUAGUUACUGGAAGGAAGUUCUUCUCCGUUAUCUGCAUAACUUUCAAGGCAAAGAAAUCUCCAUUAAAGAAAUCAGCCAAGAGACAGCCAUCAAUCCUGUUGACAUUGUUAGCACUCUGCAAGCCCUUCAGAUGCUCAAGUACUGGAAGGGCAAACACCUAGUCUUAAAGAGGCAGGAUCUUAUUGAUGAAUGGAUAGCCAAAGAGGCCAAAAGGUCCAACAGCAAUAAAAUAAUGGAUCCCAGCUGUUUGAAAUGGACCCCUCCUAAGGGCACUUAAUUUGACCAAUCUCUCCAAGAAGUGUGGACACCCCCCAUCUGCUGCCGCCGCUACCACCACUACCACCAUGGCCCUCUUUCCUUUCCCAGUAUUAGGAACUGCCUUUGGGAUCGUGGAUGUUUGCUGUUGGUACCAAUCUCCCCUUUUCACAUGCUCUCAGGACGUUUCUCUUCUUGUUGGGACCAUUUUGACCCAGGUCUUUCAUUGCGAGGUUGGGAAGAUCAGAGGGUUCUGGACACAAUGUUAAUGUGGCCCCACAAAGGGGCAGUAAUAUCUUGUACUGUACCUUUCCACUUGCUGCUUCUUGAACCACAAGGUCCUAGUCCAUAAAGUAGUGUUGUACCUGUAAUUUCUUAGUUGUAUCACCCUGCUGCUUCCAUGCAGCCUUGAAAGGCCUGGCCCACACCUUCAGUGAGGUGGUAGUCCUGCAUGAUAGAGGGGGCUGUACUGUUUAAGACUGCAGGUGCAGGGCACUAUUUUUUAUAUGUUUCCCCAUGUAAAAAGUUCCCUGCCAGGAGAAAACUAGCAGUGACAGUGAUAAAGAUUCUAGCCAGCCCUGUCUCCUUCACUAGUUUUCUAUUUGCAGGUUUUUUAAUACAUAGGAGAGCAUUCAAAAGCAUUCUCCUAUCAGUUGUAUGAAACAGUACAGUCUGUUCUAUUCCACAUUCCCCUCUCAUUCUGCUGCAUGUUUAGAUCAAGCCCAAAGGUGGGUUCAUGAGAUCAUUUCCCACUCACCAGAUGUCAAGAUUGCAAGUGGAAAUGAUCCAGCACCCCUUGGGCUCCUGGGCUGCUUCAGGAUCAUCUGUUUCUCAUGUCUAUUUGAGCACUCCCUGGAUAUUGCCGCAAUGUGUAUGCAAACAUCCUCUACCCAGCAUUCUUCUUUCUUUAAUGCUCAGCGGGGAAAUACAGGCCAGGAAGUAUCCAAAGGGCUCUGAUUUCAGAAUGUGAGGAUGAUCUUUGGAUGCUUCCUUUUCCCUGCACCUUUGUGGGCAGCACCACUGACUCCCUAAUGGAAAAGAUAGCACUUCACCUAGCCUUGGUUGCAUGCUUGCAGUGCCUCAGUGCUACUGCCAGUGUCACUUCAUGUUGUGCCCAUUACUUCUCCUGUAGCUGCUUCUGAAUAUUCUCUGACCACAGACACUUCUGACGAGUCAUUUAAAUUGAACUUUCUUUGUGGGAGGAGAUCAGCACCCUUGCCAUCUACUUUGCCAUCUCUCGCCAUUUGGGCUUCUUUCUGCUCCAAAAGAAAACUGCCACUAACGGCCCGAGGAGCAUGUGUUUAGUAGCACUGCAGUGGCUAUUUCAAUCACCGCCAGCUGGAAGAUGCUCCUUUGGUCAGCUUAUUCAUGCGCAGCUUGGGCACUACUUUGAUUAGUGGCAGUGAGGCUACCAAACAGAGUAGUGCCAGAUCCAAGGGACAGGUAGCUGCAGCUGAAUGGUUUGUCACAUCCUAUAGCCUUCACAAGGUAGUAGUUUGAUUUCCCACCAUGUUUUUGCUUGUUUUAUAGGCCAUGUUUCUGCAUCUUUGCGGCCCUCUAUGCUAAUAGUGGGACCAUCCUGGACCUGUGACUUUUUCGCUACCAUCAUUUUGGUCGAUGUGAACAGUGGUUGUUUUUAAAGGAGUACAGGGUGAAAUUGCUGCAGUGGCAUAUUUUUCAGAAUUUGUGCUAUUACAUGCAUAGAUGAAGAGAGCCCCUAAAGCCACUGAGGCCAGAUGGCCUAUCACAGGCAUUUCUGAAAUGCCCUUCUCUAUAGAUUUAGCUUGGCUGUCUUAAAAAUGCAGCCACAACAUAUGGUCUCCCAAUGAGGCUAGGUUUCUACCACAUUUCAAGAUGAGUUACCUGGCUUCAUGUGGGUGUUUGUCACAAGAUGAAUUCACUCUUUGAACAUUUAUAAAGAAAGUCACUUCAGAAAUACACCUGUGCAUGGGCCAAGAGCCUCAAAAGUGUGUGAACAUGGGCACAUAGCAUCAGUUUGACAAUGAUACUGGGUGUGCCCCUUUGCAAGGGAAGCUCAUCCAUCCCUAAAUUGGGGUGAAAUCAUUGCCCUGCCCUGCAUGCCAUCUGUUCUAGUGACGGGGAGAGGUGGAAGGGAGAGGAAGAGCUGGAAUCUUGUGUGGUAGGUGGAGAGGAUUUGUGAGCUGUCUGUCAAGAUGAAGAGUUUUUGGUCAUUUUAAACGGGUACCACUGAUAUCUUGAUUUAGCCCUCAAAGUCAGGGAUGGGGAAGCUGUGGCCCUCCAGAAGCUGUUGGGACUACAACUCCCAUCAUCUCCAACUAGUGGUCAUGCUGGCUAGGGAUGAUGGGCGGGCCACAGGUUCCCCAUCACUGCUCUAGGUAUUAAGUUCACAGCUCACCUUAAGUGUUCAAAGACCAAAGGGGAAACUCCAUCUAUCACACUAUCAUCAGCCUAGCUCCGCCGUUCAUAGAGAUGACAAACUAUUGAAAGACUGCAUCUGGAGACAGUCCUUUUGUUUAAUUAAUCAGACUUCUGACAGGUUUGCUCUUUAGAGGUCUGUCCGGCACACAUGCAUGUACAUAAACACAUACACUCACCAUCAGUGUGAAGUCUGCUUUUAAAUAGAUGAAUUUGACCUGCUCUGCUGGCUGGCCUUUUGGCUACCUUUUGAGCAUAAUAGAAUUGCCUUAUGAUACCCCAGCAUUUGGGGGUAAAGAUCCCGCUCCCCUGAAUUCUGAGGUGCUGUUGCACAAAGCAGCCAUGGUCCAGUUGCACACGUCACAAGCCACAGAGCAAGCUGGGGUCGCAUGCAGCACAACCAAAGAGACCGCAGAGAGAGAUGGAGGGUGGUGGUGCGAAUCACAUCCCCCCACCCCACCCUUUGCACCAUCUCACCCCAGGUUGCAUCUUAGUAUAGCUUGUCAUCCCUAGAAAAGUAUUCUCCUUCCUAGAAAUUAUAUUUGCGCAAGUCUUCGGCCCUUGAAAAAGUCUGGCCAGAGUGCAGUGUAUUACCUGUUUUUUGGACUGCCUUAAUGGAUGUGUUGUGCUCUGCACUUUGACAUCCAUUUCCAACGAGUGCGGGGAUGUCAUUUUCAGUUGAAUUGUAGUGAAAUCCUGUUCCACUCUGUUCAAAGUAAAACACCCUGGGGGCAUAACAGCCAUCCUCACCCCAUAUCUUUGGCUUCUCUCCUGGCAUGGUUACCGGCAGUAGAAGCCUGCGUGGAACACAACAUUGUUGUUUUUAGCUGAAUGUUCCCCUGCCCCCAAACAACAACAAAAGUCUCCUUGUCUCCCAUUUUGGGACAAAAUGGAUUACAGUUGAAAGCUGAUCCCUCUAGCACGGAUCUUUCCGCAAGCACUCCUGUGGUUGGCUCUUGUGUUUGGUUUUGUCUUUCAUUGCCAUCUUCAAUCUGCCAAAGUUUAUAUUUCUGUGCACAUUACUGGCAACUAUCAUCUGACAUCCUUGGCUUCUAGAUUCUAGCAAAUGGGGUGGCGCUUUCUUAGGUAGGAGGGAAGGUUGGCCAUUCAUGUACAGAAGUGAAUCUCUGUUUUCUGGAUAUGUUAGAAUAUGCUACCAGUGUAUCUACUUCUCAAUAAAGCAUGUUCUCUGCUCUA